ACAAUCACCGGUAGCCACUUCAGACACUCGAGUCAUGUGACUUGCCGUUUCGGGGAUACGACUGUUCCUGGGAUCUACCUUUCAUCGAACAAGAUAGAAUGCUGGACGCCACCCAUGGAGAACGCAGGGGCAGCAGUCCAAGUACAGGUGAGUAACGACAACGCCAGCUUCUCCGCUGAGUUCCUGACGUUCACCUACGACAGAAGAAUGGUGAUUGCAUCAGUAACCCCGCCGACAGGGGCGACUAGUGGUGGGACGGAGGUGCUUAUCACGGGUGGACAUUUCCUGGAUUCGACAAAGAAAGGAUGCAAGUUCGGCGCGAUUAUGGUUCCCGCGAAGUUUGUCACGGACCAGGCGGUGACGGUUUAUGUGGCGAACAAUGGCGUUGACUUCUCUCCGACAGCCGAGAAAUACUUGUACGUGAACGAGUCUUCGCUAGAAGAUGUGCAACCGACUCAAGUGCUCGAGACGGGUCAGGUCCCAGUAAUGGUGAGAGGGUCAAACUUUUUGAACACGAGCACCCUCGUCUGUAGGUUUGGAGACGUUGCAGUGAAGGCAUCGUUCCUUAGCCCAUGGCUCGUGACUUGCGUGGCACCUUCCCACUCGGCACAACCACGCUUGCAACGAACGCUUGGAUUCUUCCCGGUGGAAGUGUCCGUCAAUGGGCUAGACUACACAGAUAGCGGGAAGAUGAUCGAAUACGUUCAGGCGAGCCCAGAGGGCCAAUUUGUGCAAGACUGGGUGCCCACGUUAUCUCCCAACGGCACGUACUGCGCUGGGGUGGGCAACACGAAUUUUUCAUUAUGCGAACCCGGGAGCUUCCAACCCUUGUCAGGCACAGGGCGGUGCUUGCCGUGUCCCGUCGGGUUCAUGUGCCCAGACCGUUGGACCCAGUUCGCUCACAAAUGCCCUGCUGGGUUGUUCUGUUCAGCCGGCACGGAGCCAGAUGAUCAGUACGAGAGCGUGUGCGACGCGGGGUAUUACUGUAUCCGCGGAACGCCUAGCUAUUUAGCAACGCAGGUGGAUGUCUGCGACAAAGUUGAGGUCAGCUCCAGGGAUCCAUCCCUGGAUUCUUCAUACUACAGCAGUUUCGUGUACACUCUGAUGGAUGGAUCUGGAGAAGAAAUAGCCUUCGACAGUACGCCGGCCAAGGAUCCCACCGGAGAAGUACAGGUUUUAGAGAAGAUAAUGCCAAUUAACGAAUCCGGCUCGGACCCCUUCUGGACGAACGACACCAUCGAGGUCUUUCGAGUUUGCCCAGAGUACGGCACCCAAAGCGCAAGCGAGACUGCAACUGUCAUCGGUCGAAACUUUCGAGAUAGCGACGUCCUGAUGUGCCGGUUCAUGCCGUGCACAAGUUCCACUGCUGGGCCCCGAAAGUGUGAGAACCUUCCGUCAAGUGAAGUUUCUGGAGACCAGAGGUCUAUUGAGGUGGCAGCCACUUACAUCAGCAAGACAAGAGUGGAAUGUCCUAUCCCGGAAUAUUCUUUCCCGUCCAACGAUUCUUUCCUUCUUCUCGACGGCGUGUGCGAGACGGACGAUGCUGGAGUUGUAGCCUACGUGCAGAGCUGCGAAACAAGCGCCAUUUCCGAUGGAUCUUGUGAAGACGACGCAGGGGCCGGCUACCGUUUCGUUUAUGAUACACUGGUGUCUUGCACCGGUGAUGAAACGGAACGCGGGACAUGCGACAACACCCCAGUAUCAGGAAGGAUGUGGAACCCUUGCUACACGGCCGAGGUACGAUGGGAAAUGCGUUUCGGGGGCGUUGUGGACUUAGCACUGGUGUACGACGAACACUACAAGUUGGCCAUAUACGUGACGCCUAGCAGAUGCGAUGACGAGGUCUGCAAUUCUGCCCGGAUUCGCCUCCCGGCAGCAGAGAAGUUACCCUGUCGCCAACCACUGGAUAUGCCCGUAGGGUUUCUGGACUCCAGCAUUCCAAAAAAUCAGACUCUCAACUUCACCAUUUUUGCUUUGGAGGAUGUCUUGCUUAAGACGGAGGUCCAUAUAAUGCACGGCCUGUUUAUGCCAUCGGCAGCUUUCUUCAGAAACACCACAACCCUGAAGAAGAUGGCCCCCAGUCGAGCGAAGACUCGGCUGGGAACUGUUCCAGAGAGCCGUGCGUUGAACCCGUUCGUAUCCUUUGAGGAGCGCAAGGUGGUGAACGAAUAUUUCUUCGCGGCCGUCUACUAUGAGAGCCUCAUGAAUACGAUUUCAGCGCCUCUCAACAUGCCACCUCGAUAUGCGGAGUUCUCGAAGGGCCGCGUUAUGGUGGGUUUCAACACAUCAAAUCAAAACAUGGAUACUCCAUGGCUGAGAGACGACCUGGAAAACGUCGCGAUAGCCAGCGAUUACUGGGACAACCCUGCAGCAUCUGACGAGCUUGGGAAGGAGUUGAAGGAUACUUUCCACGAGGUGUUCGACGAAUAUACUGUGAACGAAGACGGCACUCCAGCUUACGCCUUCUCGCAGUUGAUGCUACCAUACUUGCCCUACUUCUCCAACUGCCGUGGUUUCGACUCGCACAUUCCUGUGUACGCACUGUUGGAGAGUAGCCAGUGCGCCCUGCCGGACGACCACGACUCAGAUUGGUGGCGGUAUGCGCAUCCUGUGUUUCCACAUGAAGACGAUGUUGUUCACGUCGGGCCGUGGGACGUUGGAAACAAGCCAAUAGCAGAUUGGUGCACCUACUCCAUCGAAUGCCAGUACGAGGAGGAGCUCGAGAGCGUCGACAUUACUCCGCGGUGGUUUGAAGCUGCGACAGGAGACAAUAUUUUCUACCUCAUUCGUGAAUCAAUCACAUGGCAGGACUUCACGGGGCGAGCUGAGACGCGUGUUGGAUAUGAAGAUGCGGGCACUGGGGCUAAGAUAUCGUCGCUAGCUGGUGAAGAGGGAUCCGACGUCUUCGUGCCCAUCUCGGUUGAUCGCAAAGCGGCAAACACGUUCAGUGGUGGAUGCACAGAUCUUUGCUAUCCCAGGACGAUGACGUUGACCAUCGCCUACUACCAGUUAAAUACUAGCACGAAGCGUAUCAUUGACGCGAAACUGAAGUUUGAUGACUUCGACAAGGACCCGUCUCAAGUUGGUUAUACACUCAACGUGGUGUACUAUCCGCUGGACUACUGGGAAUUGAUAAUCAAGUUCGCUUUUGAGAACACCGUCUUCAUUGCGCUCUUCGUGGUGAUUGGCUGCACGUCGGUGCUGGUGGCAGCCCUUUACUGGCUGACUGUCCGACUCACUACACAGCUUGUAAAUCCAUCGCGGCUUCACUUCUGGAGCAUGUUCAGCCUGAUUGCCCCCCCGGCUUUCUCGGGCACGCUGCUUGGGCUGGUUCCCAUCGUGAUCAUGACCCUGGCGGUGUACGUUCUCCUCUACGGCCCUCCGUACAUCGAUACAACCGACUGGGUUCUCGACAGCUACAAACUUCACUACAUGGAAACGGCCGUGGAUCCCGACAACUACACUAAGGCCAGAUAUGGCCGGCUGGGAGUGUGCUUCGUCACAGUAAGCGCUGUAUGCAUUUGGCAAGGAGCGCGGAUAUUUCUUCCUGAUCGCCAAAGCAAGCGCGCCAAAGAACUGGAGAUAAAACGCGACUCUCGGGCCGAGAAGGAGCAGGUGUGGAUUCCUCUGACCUGGCGACGAAGCAACAUGGUGUUUUCAUCCUACUCUGUGGGUUUGUUCGGACUCUUCAUCUUGGAGUUCUCCCUGUGGAAUAACUUCGGCAACUACAUUUGGUACGUAUCCAUCGGUUUCACCAUUCUGGACAUGGUCAUCGGUGAUAUCAUCAGCUACCAACUUAAAGAGGUCCUCUUGGAAGCCCCGGUAGGGACUGGCCUUGGUAUUGUGAUGGGCAUCACGGGGAUGGGGGCCAACGACUUCAUGGACUUCCUGCUAUCGUAUUUUGUGGACCUGGGACUAAUCAUGCUCUUCCGAGUCAACAUCGACCCCGCGCUGGGUGACAUCCUUGAAGCGAUUGGAGAAAUGUACCAGUCGGCUAAAGACUCUAUCAGAAACCGGAUGCCUAUCUGGCUGGCGGCGCGCUUGGCAGUAAAGCAAGACACCAACGACACGACGGCCAGCUAUUCAAAGAAGCGCGAACUGGAAGGCCUCAUAGGAGAGGGAGCGGAAACUGUGGAGCCCAUACUUGAUGCUUUUGGUGGCUAUUCCACUGACAACCUCAGCAACUUCUACUACCCCUACAUCAUUGUGCUACUUAUGAUUUUCCGUGACGAAGUGGGGCUUCCAUCCCUCUAUGACAUUCAAGUGCAGGAUAUGGAGUACUACCUAUCGUUUGCUCUCGUCAUCAUUUUUUUCCAGCUUUGCGUCGACGUUUUCAUUCAUGGCGUGCUGGAGCUCUUUCACGGCUGGAAGAUCUAUGACUACCUGGUGUACACUCGAUAUAGAUUUCUGCAACGGGAGACUCGAUGGAAAGGACUCGAAGACAGCUUGGACGAGUGCAUAGAUGAGAGUAUGCGCACCCUGGAUCAGAUGUGCUUCUCGUCUCAGUACUACAUGAUGAUGACCGUGCACGUCAAUGGUAUUGUUUACUUCGUGCUGGGUGUGCAGAUGAUGAUACGAAAGAGAUACAACUUGUGGGGCGAUCCGCUGCUUGUGAUCAUGAUUCCCUUCGUGGUAGCAAUUGCCUACCUGACCGGGUGGCUGCUUCUCUGGAUAGCUCUGAAGGUGAACAUGUGGAAGAUCAAACACGAGAAUACCGCUUGGCACUCGAACGUGGAUGAUGACGACGACUUCGACAUUCCAGACAUGGAUGACCUCAAGGGUGCCAGCCACGAUGCGUACUUGAUGAACCAGCGAAUUACAAGUGAAACAUUUCGCUACAAGUUUCUCAACUACAACCGCUCCUGGCUGGUGAACCAGCUCCCGUCCAUGCUCACCCCUCGCACACUGAAGAGGAGCCGACCGUACCUCAUUAACCAAUUCUCAAGAAUUUUAAACCAGCUCAAUCGGGAUAUUUCAUCCGACAGUGAAGACGAUUCCCCAGAUUUUGGACCUGUCGCCCUCACGGCUACAUCACGCAAGAUUAUACGAUGGUGGCUGGCCAAAGCUAGAAAACAGGUAAAGCUUCGCGAAACAGUCCAACCACUGAUCAACAAGGCACGGGGGACACAUUGCGAGCAGUGCCUUUCAAAAAAGCAGCUGCAGGCCAAACUCGUGUUUGAACUGGAGGACUUGGCUGCGCAAUUUGCAGCGGAACACACUGCGGACGAGUUCGACAAGGUGGCGUGGAAGCGCUUCUGGAUGCAGAAUCAACGGUACGAGACCAUUUGCUUACAGUGCAUAAGCAAGAAUAAGGAGAAGGCCAGGGAUAGCUACGUUCAUGGCGCCAUGGAAGAAAGUGAGGAUGACGGAGAUCAAGGCGCAUACCCCGACUGGGGACCAAUAUAUCUCAGUGCUGCCUCCAAGGCGAUCCUAAUGAAAUGGUACCGACGGGCACAAGAUAAUGUUUGGGGAAAAGCAGGACGAAAGAGGCCUCCGGUUCUAGUAGAUAUUUCCGACGACGAAGGCGAGGACAUGCCAGCAGAUUGGGCAGUUGCGGAGGUGGUACUGUCAGAUGCGAGUAAAGCACUAGCCAUCCGUUGGCUUCGCACAGCUCGGGCAAGGCUACAGCAACGAGGGGAAAAACGACGUACAAAUAAUUAAGUUCAGGGACUGUUGUUUUCUCGCGUAAAUGGUUGUUGCCUUCCUUUCUUCGAGCAGAAACUACAAGUCUAUCGUCGGCAGUGACGGACACGCAAUUUAUAGAAAAGGCGAGCGGUGGGGGGACUCGAUUUUCUAGAAGGUGCGAGUGGGUGUUAGUCUUGUCACUAAAUCCGCUUUUAUGCAUCCCGCAUAAUAGGAUUUUAAGUACGGGUUGUGAUCUGCCGAAGACUCUCUGCAGCGUAUGUAUCCGUCCGACCAGAUGUUAUUUUCAACGCUUACAAAAGUGGUAUUCUCAUGUGGGGGUGUUUUUUCAGACACAGCCGAUGCGUUUGAUUUUUGCUUGUCGAAGUAGGGCUGCCUGUUCCCGGCGACGGUCUACGGUAAUCUCUUUGUUGUGCUUCCCCGUCCCGUUCGUUGUAUCUUUUGUUACCACCUACGUGUACCAGUGUCGUAUACCGAUUUAUCUAUUCUUCGUCGUUCCAUUGGCCCCCAUUUGUUGCGUGCCUCACGUCCAUCGUUGUCUAGAAGUAAAACAAAAGGAAACUGUUGUGUGGCCUUAAAUAGGCAUGCA